AUGGCAGACCACUAUGGCUACGGGGAAAACAUUUAUUACAGUGCAAGUGAGUCCAGCUUCAAUGGAAUUAGCGGCAUGACUCGACCAAGCGGCAAGGCCAUUUACCGCCAGCGAAAGGAAUACAUUGAAUCGAUGAUAAACAAGCAACAUGAAUUUCAACACCGGGUGGAGCACCUUCUUACUAGCUACGUGGAUGGCAAGGACAUUUGCAAUGUAGAGAAUUGUAUGGGACGGCUGAAGUUGAUGAUUGCACAAGGCCAGGUGUGGGGGCAAGACAUGCUUCUGAAGGUGAAGAAUCAGAAUUUACUACUGACUGACAUUGAAGCAGAGGAAGAGCUGGAUUCGUACCCUCUGGAACACGUCCAAGAAUGUGCCUGCAUCCUUGACAGCUGCAUCUACAACUCCAUUUUGGCUAUCACUGUGAAAGAAGUGAAAUUACACAGGACCAGUAUCAUGCUCUUUCAGUGUGAGGAGAUGGGGGCACAGUUGAUGAAAACCAAAUUGGAGAAGGUCAUUGAGGAACUGAGAGACGAACAGCAGAGUCAGCAUGUGCUCAGAAACAAUCUGGAGAACAUGCUACAUCAGCACAGCCAAGCAUCCUUUAGGGACAGCCCCUAUAGGCAUGUCUGGGACAAAAGGGCAGGACUGCCGAUGGAACCAGACGGUGCUUCUGCUCGAUCCAAAACAUCUGGGCAGUGGCAGGAGCAGCAUCCUUGGGAAGAGAUCUUGAACCAUAUCUUGAAUGACAUUGAGAUCUUUAUAGAGAAGCUACAGCAGACCAGUUACCCACUCGGUGAUAAAAAGAAAAAAAAGACGUCAAAGAAAAAUAAACAUCAGAAGACACUGCCUCCAGAGCCUGAGUUCAAGGACUGUUUCCAGAAGAUUAAAUACAGCUUCAACUUGCUGGCAAUGCUAGAACAUUCACUGCAGCAACCAAGCGCUCAGGAUCUGCUUCAUCUCAUCUUUUCCACUUUGUCCACUAUUUUGUCCAGUUGUCCAUGGACCAAACUGGCCUCUAUGGUAGACUCGCCUUUGUUGAUUCCGGAAGCUAUUAGUCUGCUAAAGCGUUUCUUGAAUUUGGAUGAACAGGCUACAUGGAAGAGCUUGGGAGAUGCUUGGAGUCUCACUAGGUCAGAAUACCCAAAUGGAGAAUCUAUCCCUCCAUACAACCCUGUCUUCUCAGAUGGAUGGAUACCUCCCACACCCCAUAAAAAGGAGGCGUCUCUUGAUCUCAAUAAGGCCCUCAACAGAAGCCAGAAUACUUUCUCAGACAGGGCAUCUUAUUCCCCCCAACUUGUGCAAGCCACAUGUGAGUUCCAUGCAAGAAACCCUCGAGAGCUCACCAUCAUGAAGGGAGAUGUGCUAGAGGUUUUGGACCAACAAAAAAAAUGGUGGCUUGCUAGAAAUACUGCAGGAGAGAAAGGCUACAUCCCUAACAACAUCCUGGAGCCCGUGGAUCAGAAGGCACCCAAGGGGAACAGCAUGGGGCAGGUAGGUACAGGCAUUCCUGAUCUCCAGCCAACUUCUACUCCAGCAGAGGUCACAGCUUGGCUCAGAUUAAGAGGUUUCUCCAACAUGACAGUUAAAUCCCUUGGUGUCCUGAAUGGAAACCAGCUUCUAACAAUGAGCCAAAAAGAUUUAACCACAGUCUGCCCAGAAGAAGGGAGGAGAGUUUUUUUCAAGCUUUCAGCAGUUAAAUUAAUGCUGGAGUUGUAUGAAGGAAUGUAG